CUCAUGCUCUCCUGGACCUCCCUCCCGCAGCCAAGGGUGCUGCAUGAGGGGCCGCAGGGGCGACCGCAUGACCAUCAACAUCCAGGAGCACAUGGCCAUCAACGUGUGCCCCGGGCCCAUCCGGCCCAUCCGGCAGAUCUCUGACUACUUCCCCCGCCGGGGACCAGGACCCGAAGGCGGGGGCAGGGAUUUCAGGGAGGCCCCUGCUCGUCUGGCCCCCCUGGCCCUGGCCCCCCCUGCAGCCCUCCUUGGGGCCACCACGCCCGAGGAGGGAGCCGAGGUGGACAGCUACGACUCGGAUGAUACCACCGCCCUGGGCAUGCUGGAGUUUGACCUUCUCUACGACCAGGCCUCCUGCACUCUGCACUGUAGUAUCCUCAGGGCCAAGGGCCUCAAGCCCAUGGAUUUCAAUGGCCUGGCCGACCCCUACGUCAAGCUGCACCUGCUGCCUGGAGCCUGCAAGGCCAAUAAGCUAAAAACUAAGACUCAGAGGAACACGCUGAAUCCCGUGUGGAAUGAAGAUCUGACGUACAGUGGGAUCACGGAUGAUGACAUCACCCACAAGGUGCUCAGGAUCUCCGUCUGUGACGAGGACAAGCUGAGCCACAAUGAAUUCAUUGGGGAGAUCAGAGUACCCCUCCGCCGCCUCAAGCCUUCACAGAAGAAACAUUUUAACAUCUGCCUUGAGCGCCAGGUCCCGCUGGCUUCACCCUCCUCCAUGUCAGCAGCGCUGAGGGGCAUCUCCUGUUACCUGAAGGAGCUGGAACAGGCAGAGCAGGGCCCCGGGCUGCUGGAAGAGCGUGGGCGCAUCCUGCUGAGCCUCAGCUACAGCUCUCGGCGCCGGGGGCUGCUGGUGGGCAUCGUGCGCUGCGCCCACUUGGCCGCCAUGGACGUCAAUGGCUACUCCGACCCCUACGUCAAGACGUACCUGAGGCCUGACGUGGAUAAAAAAUCCAAGCAUAAAACGUGUGUGAAGAAGAAGACUCUCAAUCCAGAAUUUAACGAGGACUUCUUCUACGAGAUGGAGCUCUCUGCUCUGGCCACCAAGACCCUGGAAGUCACAGUCUGGGACUAUGACAUUGGCAAAUCCAACGACUUCAUCGGUGGCGUGUCCCUGGGGCCUGGGGCUCGGGGAGAGGCCCGGAAGCACUGGCGUGACUGUCUGCAGCAGCCGGACGCAGCCCUGGAACGCUGGCACCCCCUCACCAGCGAGCUGCCCCCUGCGGCCGGGGCUCUCCCCUCGGCCUGAGCGGGACCACACCUGCCCAGCACAGGGCCCCCCCCCUCCCCCGGGGCCAGGUCCAGUACCCAACCUUCGCACGAGUGUGUUGCACGUUUACACGGGGUGGAAGCCCCGCCCCCCACUACCUGUCUUAUUUUGUGAGAGUCUGCGUGACCGUGGGUCUGUCUUCUCGUGAGGGACCGUGGAGAUCUAUAUUCACAUAUGCAAACUUCCUCCUGCCUGACUCGCUACUACGCAAAUAUGCAAACACCCAUCCUGUGCACACCUGCAGGGGGCUGCGCUCCUCUCUCCUGCCUCUCCAGGCUGCCCCGUCCCCCUCGGCCCGCAGGGAGGAGGUCGGAUUGGGGGGGGGUUUGGAGGAGGAGAAUGUUUCCAAAAAAGAGGACAAAAAACAAAAAAGAGCCACUCCUUUAAUACAGA